UGAACGAAACGCGAUUGAUCUUUUUCUUCUCAUGUGACCUUUAGUAGAGUAAUUUCCUCGUCCGAGUGAAUAAUACGCGCCCGAAAGCAGCUGAAUCCAGUUAAUUCUGGCCCGAUUGCGACCGAGGGAGGCGAAUCCGAGUAGCACGACGGUUGUCACCGCACUUUGGCGUGGCGAAACAUGUGAAUUGUGAUCGAGACCACUGCACCACACCAGCCCCACGACUCGCUCGCUGCAGUUUCUAGGCAGGACUUGCAUCAUCCUCGCGCUUUGUUGAUAUUCCACGUUUACACGUGAUCGAUCGUACUGGACACUCAUCAGUGCUCUCGAUUCGUCGCCACUGUUCGGUUCCGCCCGAAAAGCGCUGGAAAUCAUCAUCGAAGAGGACACGGAGCCAACUAAGUGAUAUUUGGUUUCAGAUGGCAGACCCCAUGUAUGGGGGUGGCGAAAUGUUUUUCCUGGACUCGCCAAUCAAGCAAGAGCCAGGCACCCAGAUGGACUCGCAGCUGAACAACCCUCUCGGCAUGCCCAUCCCCAGCAGGCGUGGGGGAGGCCGUUCAGGUCUUGCGGAGUUCAACUACGAUUUGGACGAGGCUCUGGCCUUGGGCGCCCUUCCCAGUCUCGGCACGGGCACCAUCAACCUCAACGCCAACCAAACUGGAAACUUUUUUUCGAACCAGUUGAACCAGGACAUUUCCCUGACACAAGCUGUGACCGGAAACUACAAUUUGGACUCAAAUCCAAUGGGACCCUCUGUUUGGGUUUCUCUUUGCGGGGACACUUUCAAAAUGGACGAAGAGGAUGACAUUCUGCAGAUGGAAUGCUUCCAGGUGGACAAGGCUGAUUUGAUCCAGGGCCCAACUUUGGCCGAGUUGAACGCAAAUGACGAAACUUUGUUGGAAGACUUGAGUUUCGACGACCUCAUCUUGCCAGAUGACUCAGCCCUUUUGAGCUCCAUCACCGACUCCAAUUCGCAGACCGCCUCCUUCCCGUCCUCGUCAGGACAGUGCUUCAUGAAGGAGGCUACUCAACUUUCCUCCAGCAUGCCAGCCAGUCAAAAUCUUUUUGUUGGUAUUCCGAGCCCUGGUGGGCAACAGACACCUCUGGUCCUUUCACCAAGGUCGCCAGCCAGGCCUGGAUCUUCAAACAGCAGCACCGGCAGACACAGUACCCUUCACGAGUUGCUCAUGCGCAGGAAUGAUCCUGAUCAUGCAAGUCAGCUGAGCCCUGGCAGUUUCAACUUACUGGCCUCCACUGCAGGCCCCAGCACCUCAUCCAUGUCUCGUCUUUCGUCCUCGGCACCCACACAUCUUGGUUUUGACCAAAUCUGGCAGCGCCGUGAACCGAGGCAACACCUGCUCUCCACUGGCUCUCUGGUGGAGGCAGGUUCCACGUCGUCUCUCUCCACAGGUGGCGUGCUCAGUCCCGCUUCCCACGAACUCUCCCACGAUGAAGGUUACUCGGAAGAUGACAGUGACCACUAUGACGACUUCUCCUCUGAUGGAGACACGUUGUUGGGUGAAACCAGAAAAAUUUUGUGUUUAGAAUCAAGUGACGCCGAGGGAGGCAGCUCUGGUCGUGGAGGCCGCCCCAAAGGAUCAAAGAAGGAGCGGUUCUUUUGGCAGUACAAUGUGCAAGCCAAAGGACCCAAAGGACAACGCCUGGUGUUGAAGACCAAGCAGGAAGACCCUCAUUGCUUGAACGAAGUCACUGACCCCGUCUUUAGUCCUAGUUGCAGUGUGAGGGGCAUCAAACACAGUGGCAAAGCGAGGAAAGGUGAUGGCAACGAUCUGACUCCCAACCCUAAGAAACUGCACAGCAUUGGAAAAGAACUGGACAAACUGGGCAGGAUCAUAAAUGACAUGACCCCAGUCAGUGAGCUUCCUGUCACUGUGAGGCCAAAGUCAAGGAAGGAGAAGAACAAGCUUGCUUCUAGGGCUUGCCGUUUGAAAAAGAAAGCACAACACGAGGCAAACAAAAUCAAGCUUUUUGGCUUGGAGAAUGAACACAAACGCUUAAUUUCUGCCAUCCAACAAGCAAAAAACAUGGUAGUGACCAGUUACAGCAACGAUUCCAAGGAAGUCCGAGAGGAAAUUGCCAGGAAUGUUGAGAAGACGAGGCGAAUGGCCCUGAGAACACACAUUGCUGGAGUUUCGACUGAUUACGUGAACACCAUCUUGGAAAAAGUGAAGUCUGGCGUGCCUGGCGCGGGCCUUGAGGAGAUAUGAGAUGAGGCCAAGCCUCCUUCGAGGAGGCGGGCGCAGUCGCUGAAAAUUGUGCCGGAGUGAAGGGGACACAUCUAGUCUGGUCAGCGCCUGCUGCCCCUUUUACUAUUAAGGAGUUGAAUCACAACAGUGCACCAAACCUCAGAAGAAGCUUGUCGACAGAUGAAGAAGUAACUAUUCAUCUUAUAUAAUCGAAAAUCCUCUCGUCUAUAUUAUUGUAAAACUUUUAGCCCAAAUGGGUUGUAUUUAAAAAAAAAAGCGCCAGAGAGGUAAAGAUGUUUGGACAUGUGUUUGAAAUAUCAACUGGCUGCGUUUAGAGUGAUUUGCUCUCUGGCUAAUUUACAAAAUUCCAACAACAGAGUUCCCUUGCUAAAUUAAAAUUUAAACCAUAAAAUUUUAAAUUCAUUCUGUCAACAAUUCUUUGUAAAAAUCUGCCCAUUACAAUUUGUGAUAUUGGCUCAAAAUAGGAAGUACACAAUUAAGAAAUAUAAAUAUUUAUUUUUGUCUGAGAUUCAAUUUUUAAACUAGCCAGAGUAGAACGAUAAUAAUCUAGAAUUAUUCGUAACUUUACUUAGAUUUAGUAGCUUCGGUAAAUGUGAUAAAAAUUUAGUUCUAAGGUGUGCUUUUCUGGCAUUACACACAUAGGCAGUUCACUUCAGCAUGCAUGCUUUCUUGGAACCGUUUUCAGGUCAAUUACAAGAAAAUUUAUUAAAUACCUCUGCAAUUCCAUCUUCAAAACACCACAGUUGUAUCUAUCAAUGUAUUGUAACUGGCUGUCUGUUCCAGAGAUAUUUUAAAGUUAAUCAAACACUUUCAGAUAAAAUAAUUUAAAGAUUUAGACUUGAAAUCUUGCACGUCAGGAAGAGGCGUUCUGCAAAUUAUAAGCAUUCAGAUAAUUGAUUGUAAUGGAAAAUUAAGCAUGUUGAAAGCUGAAUGUGACGACCUGCCAUCAUCAACCUACAAUUAGUGUUUAAUGAUUAGCAUGUAAGCCAACACAUGGAUGAAUUCCGAGGAGCAGAUAUUUUUUAUACACAAUUUCUUUUACUCUAUAACUUUAUUUUGGGUUUUUUGUAACCGAGCAGCCGCCUACUUUAUCUCUUUGACAUAAGUUGUUUACUUGUUCACUUUAGAAGAAAGUAUUGCAUGGUAUUUUCCUUAUGAUUAUGUAAAUUUAAAUUCUGUGUAAGCUAGUCUAUUUAUUUCAACUUUGUAAAUCAUGCUGUUACAUUUGCAGGUAUUCACUCGAACAAGCCGAUUUUUAUUGUUUUUUGUAAAUACAUCUCUCUCAGCCCCUUUUACAAUUAGAGUUAUCUCCAUGUUUGAAAUAGCACUGUGCUAUUAUGCAGCAAGUCUAAUUGCCAUAACUCCAUCAAGUCUAUUUAUUCUCAGCCCAUUUGAUUUUUUCUUAAUUUUUAGUCGGUAACGGCAAGUAGAGGUGAAGGGUCUUUUUUAUUUUGUAUGCUACUUGAGCAACUCAUAGAUAGAAAUCUAGUUUCUCAUUUUUACACCAGCAAAGUGCUAUUUUUUUCUUUUUAAUUUGUUGUUUUUCUUCAAACAGAGUGGAAUCAAUUAAAAUGCAUUUCUACCUAGGCUUCUAUAAUACGAAUGAGCCUUCUGCAUUUUUCUCUUGUAAACAAAAACUACCGUUUUACUGUAUGAGCAUAAAAAUAUAUGAAUAUACUUGUAUUAGAAUUUUACAAAAGAACUUGACUAGUACAAAGAUUAUGGAUUGAAAAUAGAGACCAGAAUAUAGAACCAGAACAAUGCAAACCUUGCAGAACUUUUCCACUUGCUCUCAAAAUGCAUUUUAAUCCAGCCACUUCUUGAAAACAACACAAUGGGGUUUUUCUAUCUCUCCCCAGGUAUAAACUUCCUCCUUAAAUAAUGUAGAGCUGUUUGGAAAUUUUUGUUUUGAAUUGAUUUACGUGUUUAAAAGUUUUGAUCAAAAAAGCCUGUGACAAUAUAGUAUAUCAUGAUAAUUCCCUAUCCCUAAAUACUUGAAAAUUUUGUCUUUAGAUUUCAACACAAAAGUUUACAUUUUGAAGAAAAAGAAUACCUCAAGUUUUCAGAUUAUUAAAUGUAAUGAAAAAAUCAAGCCUUGAUGAUAAGAAUUAAAAGCUAAAUUUAAAUUACCGCGUUCUAGCUUAAGAAAAUUAUGAUAAUUAUGCUGUAAUUCACGUAGUUUCGCUCUGAACGGCUGCUUUAAUUGUAGGCAAUUAAACUCUUCGCUCUUAAUCCUAAGUGUAAUGCUUAAUCGACUAUUGCGUAAUAUCCAACCGACCUUGAACUUUUGACCUUUUGCCCACUAUGUGGAUUUGAUUUUGUAACAAUUGUUUUUCUGCGACCUUGCUCCGAAAUGGUCAAUAUAGUAGCUUGAUCAGUGAUGAACUUCAUUAUUUGUGAAAUGGAAAUUUGUGAUCUUUUUUAGACACCGCACUGGCUAGCGGGUUAUUCUCACGCUCGAAAUUGGUUGGUUGAAUUAAAAGUGGACUUUGAUGAGUUUGGUCGCAGAAAAAUAUGGCAUGGAAACGAUCGCGCAUCUCAAUUCAGAAAAUUAAUGCUUAAUUGUUAAGUGAAUUGAGUCGCCCAUUCUUAAUUUGUAUACCUUUUGUCAAAGGAAAUUUUCACAAAACAUUUUCGGAAAAACACUUCCCUCUUGUAUCCCCUUUUGGUAUGUUAAAAACGAAAUAAAAUUCAUGUUGAGCAUGGCAA